CUUGUUCUCUCAGCGCUGGCAGGAUGGUCUACCUGGCCUUCGCCCAGAACCUGGGCAUCUCCUCCCGCCGCGACACUGCUACCCUCGGACUCCAGAGGCCGGGAUCAGGGUGGCCAGCGACUGGACCAAGUUAAGUCCUGAGGCUCAGGACUUCCGGAGUCUGGGCCCCGCACCCCCUUCAGGGGUGCUCUGGGCACCACCUCCAACCUCCAACUGGAAAAGCCGGCUGUAGCCUGGCUCUGGUUACAGGCCCCAAGGGCAGGGAGUGGCCAAGCUGAAGGCUGGUCAGCCCUGUGGGGCAGGGACCUUGUGCUUCAGACCCCCGGGGUCCAGAGCAGCCCUGCCUAGGUGCGAGGUAGAAGACAGAGACCUGGGUCCUGAGGAAGGGGCAGCAGGGUGCCGGCUGGCCAGGGGCAGGAGAUGCGACCACAGACGUCUCUCCUGGGGAGAGCCGGGGAGACACCUACGGUCGGGAUGGGCCGGGCCGCCGAGCUCCCGGGCGGCCUGCCCACUCUGUCUGUCCCUGACUUUAAUUUUGCACCAAGGUAUCAUUAUUCUAGAUACAGACAGCCAGGCGCAAGUCCGGCAGGGGCGGGCAGGGGCGUGGCCAGGAGCUGGGACAGCACUGCCCCUGCCUGAGGCCAGAGGCAGAGGGAAGCCUGCGUCUGCCUCAGAAGGGCUCCCCGGCCAGCGGCCCCCAACUCAGGCUCUCCAGCCUACACCCCUGUGGUCACACGGGCUUCCUGGAGCCGGCUGUCCUCCUCUCCAAUAUCCUGGAUACGAGCCGGGCGAGGAAGGGAGAGGCGGCCGGGCAGCCCGCUAGCCUCCCUGGGGAGCGGCCUGGACGCCGGAGCCCCGUCCCACCGCUCGGUCUGGCCUUCCCACACCUCCUUGCCUCCAGCUUUGGUCCUGCCUGACUAGGGUGAGGAUGGGGUGGGGCGCCAGGAUUCAGGAUGAGGGUGGGGCAGCCCGCCACACCCUUUAAUCCCAGGAGAGGCUGACUGUGGUACCCAGAUGGGUAGGCGAGGGGCAGUGCCACGCCAGGACUCAUAGGCCCCCUGACUCAGGCCCUGACUCACACGGAACCAGGCACACGCAAGGGGUGCACAGAGCACAGGCUCCCUCGGGCCAUGGCCCGUCCCGCCCGCUCCUCUCCACACCGGAUCCGAGCAGACGCCCAAGCAUCAGUCAGCGCGGCCACCAGCGCCCACAGCAGCCCGCCCAGGGCAGCUCAGCCGCCCUCGGGGCCCGAGCACGGCAGCGGUCGAAAGGACACCCGGGGCUGCGUGUGGGAGCACCGUGCAGUCACAGCUGGCCGGGGGCACGGGGCCGGGCAGUCGUGCCCUCCUCCCGGUCAGGACACCGGCGCCUCUCUGGCCCUAUCACCCCUGCCCCAGCGCACCCCGGAAGACAGCCGAACCCGGAAACGGCUCCGGGGCCCCGGCAGGAGCACCCCACGGGGGAGCCCUGGCCGCCUGCGGGACUCCGUGCUGGAAGCUCGGCCAGCGCCACCGGCCACGGCGGAGAGCAGGGCCGGCGGGCGGGCGGGCCGGAGGUGCUGCGGAGCGAGCCCCCAGGCCCCCGGUAACUGGGAGAGGCGAGAGGGCCGCUGUCAAGACGCCCCGCCUGGGCUCUGCCCCAGGGCGAGCCAGUGGGACCACCAGGCCAGGCCCUCUUGGGCAGAAGGGGGUCUUGUCCUCAGCCGAGGAGCCUGCGGCCAAAGGGAAAGCCACAGAAGCGCAGAAGAGGACUGUUCCGAGCGCCCGAAGAGACUCCUCCGGGCCCGGCCCAGGUUCUUCGGCCGUCUCCCGUCGGCCCCGGACUGCGGGGCCUGAAGCGGGUCUCCCUCGGGCAGCUGCGAGUGCCGGGUCUCGGCCCCCCACAGAAAUCCCCAGGAAAUUAGUGAGCAGCGCCCCAGAGCGCAGCACUCCGGAGCAGAGCCCCUCGGCCAGGAGGCGGCCCAGCGCCGGCGCCAGCCUCCAGAGGCCAGCCUCGCGCCCCCUGGGCGCCGGCGCCACCGCGCUGUCUUCCCCAGCUCGUUCCGGAGCGUCGCCCGCUGGAACACCUCGCGCUGCGGGGCCCCAGCCCAAAGCAAAAGGGCUGCCGGCUCUGCGCCCCCCGCAGACCACAGCCCCGAGGAAGGGCGCAGUCCCAGUGCCCGGCCGUCCCCCGCUAGCCACACCCCCUCCACCUGUCCGGGCCCCCCCACCCGCCCGGCCGCCUGGAGUCACGGCCUCUCCCCUGCCGGACACGCUCCCGCCCUCGCCACCGACGACGCCCCCUGCCCAGGCCCUGCCCGGCGCUUUGGCCACGCCCCUCGCGCUAGCUCCUCCCUCCCCGCCCG